CCACUUUACGGCACAAUCUUCCACAUGGCCUCAAACAGGCAGCGGCUCUAGUUAAUUUUAGGUUUAUUGUUUCUUAGUGUACAAGUGGGUUACAUAACAUACCAUCACAUCACAUUACAUGUGCAGGUUUUGCUUUAAUAGGGACUGAAAUGGGUAAAAGUAAAACCACUAAAUUUAAACGGCCGCAGUUCAACGCCGUCGGAUUGCCGGUGAACGCCGUGAAGGAGGCGGACGCGGAGGAAGAAGACCUCGGGGACGAUGAGUGUCCGGCUGAGGAGCUGCUGGAGAAAUUGCAGAGUCCCAGUGCAGAUACGCGGGAGUUUGCAUGUGCCAGCAUCUCGCGGGUGGUGCAGCAGAGUAAGACCAUCCCGGGGUUCCUCCAGAGGGAUGCGGUGAGGCGCCUCGGGCCCAUGCUGCUGGACAGCAGCCUGGCUGUCAGGGAGACGGCCGCCGGAGCGCUCAGGAAUCUGAGUGCAUGCGGAGGUCAGGAGGUGUGUGAGGACAUGGUGAAGCACGACGUCAUGACUCCUCUGACAGCGCUGCUUAGAGAGAGCUGUGCUGGUUUUGGGAGCGCUGCUGUGCCCAUGAAAGACCAGAAGAAUGCAGAGGAGGACGUAGCCAAUGAGGCUGUGAACCUAUUGUGGAAUCUAUGCGAGAGCAGCAGCCAGUCGCUGUCUGUGUUCAACAAAGCCGGUCUCCUGGAUGUGGUCGUCCAGUGUCUGGAGAGACACCCACACAACGUGGAACUGGCCAUAUCUGCUGCACACUGUUUGCACACGGUGACGGAGGAUAACCCCGAGCUGCUGCGUAGCACCAACGCUGCUGUGCUUGGAGUCAUGGAGAGCGUGCUGCUGACCUCUCAGCCGACCAUGGCACACACUCUCCUCAGGACUUUGGCUGCAGGGACGCUGUGGAACAUGAAGGCCAGUCUGCCCGCUGCCCGUCAGGCUCAGACCCUCAACGCUGUGGUGGCCACCUUGUCCCGGUGCCUGGAUCUGGACACGGGAACACUGAUACCUGAACUCAGACGAGCAGAAGAGAAUCACAGAAACACAGCAGCUGGGGAAGACGCCGAAGAGCUCGCUGUGGCAGAGAUGGACGAGGAGGAGGAGGAGGAGGAAGAACCUAAACGCAAGAAGAAUGGAAAAGCUGCGAGGGUUCAUAGCGACUUCUCCGACCUUUUGCCUAGGGACAAGGAGGCGCUGAGGGAGGCAACGGCCUUGCUGACAGCUCAGCAGACGUCCUUAGAGAUCAUCGUCAACAUGUGCUGCUCUGACGACCCUUCUGACGACGAGUGGGAGGAGGAGUCGAGCAGCGAUGAGAGCGACGUGGGUCCAGACGGCCUUUGUGAUGGAGUGUCCAAUCUUAUGUCUCCACUGUGUUUGUCAGCUGAGGUUCACGAGGCUUUAAUCAACCACAGCAUCCCAGAGAAGGUCCUCAAAAAGACUGAGAUCCCCAGAAAGGAAGCUAUGGAUGUGUGCCAUCAGAACCCCUCCUGGAGAUGCAUGAUCAAAAAGAUGCAGCGCGUGCAGUCCCGGGCGCUGACGUGCCUCCACAGCAUCCUCUCCACAAUGGACGCCGAGUCUCUGGGAGGAGCGGCCGCUCUGCAGGGAGCAGCACAGCACCUGUCCACGCUGGUUUUUGGUGCAGCAGAGAUACCCAAAGACAAAGAGUUCCUCGAGGCCGUCAUCAGCGCUAUGCGCUCUCUUUUACAGAUGAUUGCUUCCAAAAACAUCUCUCAGUGUAUGACCCCCCAGCAGCUGAUGAGCCUGAGCGAAGCCGCCACCCGCUGCGAUGUUGUCAGUGUGAGGGUCAAUGCUGUUGCAAUUCUGGGCAUCACUGGCAGCACAUUAGCCAAAGAGAAGGGCACCGCUGAAACCCUUCAGAUGAUUGGAAACGCCUUACUUCAAGUUGCCACAAGAGAUGCCGACCUGGUUGUGAACGGGGAAGCGCUGGAUGCCUUGUUUGAUGUUUUUGCGGAUGGUGACGAGGCGGAGACAGCUGCCCAAAACAUCCAGUUACUACCUGCACUGAAGGCCCUUCAACCCGUCUUUAAGGCCAAGAUUCGGAAAGAAGGACGAGGCAAGUACAACCCCCCGCAGCUGUGCGUGCUCGACAACGUCAAAGUCAACCUGAGAAGAUUCAUUGGUUAUCUGGAGAAGGUGGUGAAGAAAUAACGAGCGCUGAACCUGACUGGGGGGUUUGGACAGAUAUGCAAACAGGAGCGUAGAACGAAACAAUGUGGUUGUGAAAGCAUCAAGUAUUUAUUAUGUUGGUAGUAAAACCAAUAUCUUCCGCUUGGUUUCAAUGUUAAUAUUCUCUAAAUAAUGAUCUACUAUUUUACUUAGGGGGGGGGGGGGGGGGUGAUUAGUUACGAGUUACUGCAAGUACUGCAGUAAAGAGAGGCUUUUAUUUUGAAAUUUUAUUUCUUGUCCCCAGAAACAUUUUUAAGAGCCCCUGUGACGUGUGUGCCCUUAAUUGUGUCUGGAAGGCAGAGCUCCACGUUACAGCCCUUUCUAUAUGAAGCAGCUACUUAAUGAAAAAGAGAAGAUUGUGUGUUCUGGAUAUUGUGAAAUAGAAUCAUAAUUUUGUUGCGAAAGAAAUUGGCUUGCUUUUAAGAGACGCACAAUAACAAUUACUGUCAUGUAAGCUGGAUGGGUUUGGUACGCUCACUGCCAAAGUGAUAACGUUUAAGUUUAUUGAGAUGAAUUAGCCUUAAGAAAAACAGAUAUCCUCUUCCUCUCUGAGCUCCACCUCCCAACUCGAGCUGCCAGGCACCACUGUCCUGCGCCCAUUGAUGACUUUUGCAUCUGUAUUUUUGUGAACUUCUGUCUACAGCUAACUUUCUACAGAAACAAAGUAAAGAUCGGGUUUCAAUCAUCAGCCAAACUGCUGCUACUCUAAGAAUCUUGUUCUACACAUGUGCAGGUUUGUAAUAUGUAAAUAGAGGACAGUGCCAUCUGUAGUUUAUCAUGCUUUGAGUAACUCAACUCAUUAGCGUUCAUUUAUUCGUGCAGUAAAUGGUGACGAUGACUUGGACCCAUGAAUUCUAUUUACCUAAAUGAACUGUAGUUCUUAUGUUUAUUAAAUUACAUAUCAUUCAUUCAAAAAACUAUUUCAAAGAUUAAUUUGAGGGGAAAUACGUCUUCAGGGUGGGAAUAAAUGCCUUUUUUAAAUAAAUCCUGA